GUUUUCUUAUCAGAAAAGCGUAUUCGUCGAGAUUGAUUGAUAAACAAAUAUUCGGUCCGCAAAACGUCCCAGUCCCGGGUCGUGGUUCCUUCAGAUAUACAUUUUUUUAAUUUCGGAAUUAUUGCAGUACAGUACAGACAGCGUAAUUAUUUUUGUAGAUGUUAAAAGUGAGACAAUUAGUAAACCUAAAUUUUACGGUUGUUUGUUGAAUUCGGCUGCCAAAUCGGUUGACACGAUUUCCGAAUUCCAAACAACACUUUUCGUUCAUGGCUAUGACUCUAGGAAAGGAUAACAUGGGAGAGCAGCCAAUAUUUACAUGCAAGGCCCAUGUAUUCCACAUAGAUCCCAAGACAAAAAAAUCAUGGAUAUCAGCAUCCACAGUGGCUGUCAAUGUUUCAUUCUUUUUCGACUCCCACCGAGCAUUGUAUCGCAUCAUUAGUGUAGAAGGAAGCAAGGCUGUCAUAAACAGUACAAUAACACCGAAUAUGUCCUUCACUAAAACAUCACAAAAAUUUGGUCAAUGGACUGACAAUAGGGCCAAUACUGUGUAUGGUCUUGGGUUUUCUUCCGAACAAGAAUUAAAUAAAUUUAUACACAAGUUCGAAGAAGUAAAAGAAAAAACAAGACAAUCAGCAGUAAGUGGACCACAGCAGAUCCAACAAGCGUUUAUGAGUUCAACAACACCAAUUACAAGUGCUAAUGCUAGUCCUGUUACUACACGUAUUAGUCAGUCAUCUGAUGGUCAAAGUAUUAUUGAACCUCCCAACAUGACACCCACUGAUCCAAAUACUACUCCAGAAGAUACUAAUUCAACUGAACAAAUGAUUAACCAAAUGUCUAAAACUAUGAUUUCCAAUGCUAAUCAUGCUGCAGAAAGUCCAAAACACCAAGGAAGCAAUGAUGGACGCAUGAGUGGUGGAAAUUCAAUGUUACCUGAAUCUCAAUUAAAAUAUGAAAAUGAAAGAUUAAAAUUAGCUUUAACUCAUAGUUCAGCAAAUGCAAAAAAAUGGGAAAUUGAACUUCAGACACUAAAAAACAAUAACUUAAGAUUAACCAAUGCAUUGCAAGAGAGCACAGCAAAUGUAGAUGAGUGGAAACGUCAGUUGCAAUCUUAUAAAGAGGAAAAUCAACGAUUGAAAACUAGAUAUCUUGACGCUGAAGUAGCCAAAGGAGGGUCAGAAGUUGCUUCAGAAUUAAGGAAUGAAUUAACUAAUUUACGCUUGAAAGUUGAAAAUCUUGAUAGUGAGUUAAAGACUAAAAAUGAAGAAAUCCAAAAGAUGACUAUGAAUAGAAUGCCACUUGAAGAAAAAUGCAAGGUUCUUAGCCAAGAAAAUGCUGAACUUCAAGCUGCAGUUAGCCUAGCACAAGCACAAUUGGAAACAGCUUUAGCAGCACAAGAAUCACAACGGCGUGUUAUAGAUACACUUAACAAUAGCCUAUUUGUACGCAUACAAGAAUUAGCUGCAAUACAUAGGGAAAUGACAACUGCUAUACAAACCUAAGGUAUAAUGAUUUGUGAAUAAUAAAAUGACAAUUGGUUGUAGAAAUCGUAAUUUAAAAUUUUAUCCAUUUUUUUAAAUCACAUAAUUAUAUCGUUUUUAUUUAUAUUAUUUUAUUCAUAAGAAAAUCAAUGAAAAAUAUAAGUUUAAGAAAAAGGCAAGUUUAUCUAGUUAACAAAUGUACAUAAUAUCUUUUGCAAAUUUUGCAAAUUUAUAACUAUUCAAUUUUUAAUUUCUUGUAUGUUUGUGAUUUGUGAUUGAAUAAGAUUUAGAAAUAAAUUAUAUAUAAUUUUGUAUUAUCUUAAAAUAAAUUAAUGAAACUAGAAUACUUUCAAAGUAAUAAUUAGUGUUUGGAAGUUAUAGGAGGUAAAUUAAUAAGUAUGCAAACAAAGUAUGUCAAGUAUGCAAAAUUAAGUAUUCAAAAUUUAAAAAGAAGGUAACUUAUUAAUUGAUAGUUUAUUUAUAUAUAUUGCAUACUAAAAACUUCUUUGGUAUUAAUGAAAUGUGGAAAUAACAAAAAUAAGGAUGUGUUUUUAUAGCUAAAAACUAAUAACAAACCUGAUACCUUAACAAAAAUAUAGCAUUAUCAUAAAGUUUUGUAAUUGUAAACAAAUUCACUUUAUGUUAACUUAAAUAAAUCUUUUAAAAACAAAGAAUGUUAAUAUGCAUAUAAAUAAAGAAAUGUAAAUGUAAAUUUUUUGUUUUUAAUACGUCAUAUAGAAUGGACUUCCUACUUGAUCUGCUCUAAUGCAGGCAUGUAUAUAAAAUUAUGUAACUCCUACAACUUCCAAUCCCUAGUUAAAUUAUCCAAUUAAAUACAAUUGAAUUGCAUGUCUCAUUUCUUCAGAAAUAACUUGUUUAAUGAGUUACUUUUAGUGAUGCGAAAUACUUUUAUUUGAUGCAUUGAUUGAGCCAAACAGUACCAACUUUGAUAUUUUAUCAUUAAAUGUUUUUUUUUUUUUUUGUAAGCCUAAAAUUGCACUUAUGAUUGAUCUAAAAUAAUUUUAAACAUAUGUUCAAAUUAUUGUUAAGACUUUAAUUUCUCCUAAAAACAUUUUAAUUUAAAUUAAAUAUUAAUAUUAUUUUAUAAAUCUAAAAAUGUAUCGAGUAUCAAAUAAAAUAGAAUCAAUUCUUUGAUAUCACCCAUCUCUAGUUCCUUUGCCAUUAUAACACUAAAUAUAAUUUUGGGAUAUAUGAGAAUAAUAUUGUUAAUUUACAUUUAUAGUGCUUAACAAACAUUUUUAUAUGCAAUUUACUUAUUAAGAUUUAAGAGCUUAUCAAAUAACUCGGCCUAAAAUGGAAAAAGUAUUACAAAUAUUAUUUUAUUUAUUUUUAAAAUGUAUUAUCAAAAGUAUUAUAUUAAGUUUAAUUAU